GGCAUUCGUAACCGGGAGAGCGUGGCAGAAUGUUGUUAGUUGUCUGUGCGUGCCUCGUGCUCCGGGCCGCAGCCGCGGUAAGGCCUAACAUUGUCAUCUUCCUGGCUGAUGAUUUGGGUUUCAACGAUGUGGGUUUCCACGGCUCGAACCAGAUUCCGACGCCCAACAUAGAUGCCCUGGCGUAUUCUGGCAUAGUUCUACAGAAUUACUACGUGACUCCCAUAUGCACUCCAUCCAGGGCUGCACUGAUGACUGCCAAAUAUCCUAUUCAUACUGGAAUGCAGCAUACAGUAAUAUUUGGCAAAGAACCGAGAGGUCUCCCACUUUCCGAGAAGAUACUACCACAGUACCUGAAAGAUUUGGGUUACAAAACACAUCUGGUCGGAAAAUGGCACCUUGGGCAUUUCAAGAAGGAAUAUUUACCUUUAAACCGAGGAUUUGAUUCGCACCUCGGAUUUUGGGGUGGUAAGAUAGACUUAUAUGAUCACACAAACAUGGAACAAGGCUCAUGGGGCUUCGAUUUUAGAAGAGGUUUCGAAGUUGCUGAUGAUCUAUUUGGUCAGUAUGCAACGGACGUAUAUACCAAAGAAGCAGUCAAGCUAGUCAACGCUCACAACAAAAGUCUACCACUAUUUCUAAUGGUAGCCCAUUCGGCGAUGCACAGCGGGAACCCAUCCGAGUUCCUCAGAGCACCAGACGACGUUAUUGAUAGAUUCUCUCACAUCAAGGACUUGCAGAGGAGGAAAUAUGCAGGUAUGCUAUCAAAGUUGGACGAGUCAGUAGGCAGGGUGGUCGAGUCCUUACAGAAGAAUGGAUUGUUGGAGAACUCCAUCAUUCUGUUUAGCUCCGACAAUGGCGGAGCGGCUGCCGGCUUCAAUAAUAAUGCUGCUUCUAACUAUCCACUCAAAGGGGUAAAAAAUACACUCUGGGAGGGCGGUGUGAGAGGCGCAGGGCUGUUAUGGAGUCCGCUACUGAAGCAGCCGUCACGAGUCGCGAACCAAACUUUCCACCUAGUAGACUGGAUGCCGACAUUGAUUAGGGCUGCUGGUGGCGAUGUUAGUGUAUUGAAAAACGUAGACGGGAUUGACUUGUGGGAAGCAUUAUCUAAAGACCUGCCAUCACAUAGAAAUAUCAUAGUUCACAACAUAGAUGACAUAUACGGAUCGGCCGCCAUUACUGUCAAUAAUUGGAAACUGCAUAAAGGAACAAAUUACAAUGGAUCAUGGGAUUUCUGGUACGGGCCGAGCGGUCGAGAAGGCACUUACGAUUUUGAUCUACUCAAUAAAAGUUACGCGGCCGAAGCCAUCAACAAAAUAUCAAAAAUGCCGAGUCAACAGAAAAUUACAAGCAUUAGGGAUGCCGCAACAAUAAGAUGUAAUGAGAGUAUUCCAAUCACGGAAUGCAAACCACUUCAAGCUCCCUGUCUGUUUGAUAUCAUUGAAGACCCAUGCGAAAGAAGGAAUUUAGCAACCGAAAAGCCAGAAAUUCUACAAUCUUUACUAACGGAGCUAUCAAGAGUGAAUGCCACAGCCGUGCCCCCGAACAACAAGCCAAUGAACCCCGCAGCAGACCCCAAGUUCUGGGGUCGAGUCUACACAAACUUCGCUGAUUUUGAAAGAAAAUCUUAGUGAUUGUGAUAAAUGGCAAGGUUAAAAUGGUGAUCCUAAUAAGUCUGUUUUUUGAGAUGAAAAUAAAAUAUUGGAUACCUAUUUUUUUGGACACACUAUUGGUCAGUGUAAACGUCCGGCUUUUCGUAAAAUCAGUAUUUUUUUUUUAAAUUGUAAGCCACAAAGCAAAGUUGAUUUAAGAAACUUGGAAUUUGGAAUUGGAUUGGAAUUUGGAAUUUGAAACUGAUUGUUAAUGAUGUCUGUGAAAAUGGCCCUAAAUAUAUUUUUGGACAUUUUGUUAAAAUAAAUAAAAAUACAAGUCCAUUAUUUUUCGUUCAUCUAAAAGACCGACUUAUUAUUAUUUAUUACACUUAAGUGCAUCCCAACCAAUGAGUACCAACACUUGUAAGUUGUCUAAUUAUUGUGACUGAUUUUUGUAAAUAAAUAAUGACCAAAUAGCUUUUAAUAAAUGAUUUUGUUACGAA